CACGAGACGCGCUAGAGAAGGCAGACACAGUGUUCCUUACCGAGAACAGACCAAAAGACAGCUAUAAUAAAGCAAAAUACAAAAUGUCGGGUAGUGUUGUAUGUCUAAUGUUGUUCGUGGCUUGUCUGUGUUUAUUGCAACAAGCGCAGGGAUCGUUCAUGAUGAUUCAUCCACAGAAAAUGUUCUGCGAUGCGGAUUAUGGUAAGUAUACAAUUACUAGUUUCAUUUGUACAUUGAAGGUUUGUGUAUAUGUCAAUACUGAAUCGUGCCAAACUUUUCAAUUUGCGCACGAGGUGCGAAGUCGCAGUAACAUGUGAAAGCAACGAUUCAACUGCAGUUGUGUAAACAGAUCCCUUAUGCGACGAAUAAUUUCGGUUAUGUUUACAAGGUCAUUUAUUGCGCAGAUAAGAAAGUCAGAUACAGUCAACUGAUUUGUCUGUCCAACGCAAUUCUUGAAGCUCUAAAAUAAAUUAGUGAAGCAGAUUCAAUUCGCACAUGCAUUUACAGUAUAGUUGAUGGUUAUAAUAUCAUAAGCCAAAAGUUUCGUGCGCGGUUGUCUACUACUUAUUAAUAUACGAUCACUAUUGAGUAUUGUAUACUCUUUAGGAUUAUAUGGUCUAACGCUAAUAGUCUCAGAGUAAAAAGCGCGCAGUGUGCAAGCGAAACCGAAGGGGACACCGCGCAAAUCUUCAACCACAAUGUCAAAGUGAUGAACCGACAAUCGAACAACGACGCGUAUUUUUCUAGUUUAGCUAAUUUAGGCCCUUGUUUGUCAAAUAUAUUAAGGGAACACAACUGGAUUAUUUUUUUAAAUAUUUUGACAUUUAUAGCAUCUUCGAACUAUUUUUUAACUUGAUGAUGGUAUAGCCACUAGUAAAAGCAAGCAAAUAAAAUAACCCUAAAAAUCAAAUUAUUUGAAGGAACAAAGAAUCUUAAUAAUAUUCAAGCUAAAAUCUUUAUAUCCGCUUUCACAACGUCAGAUAUUUAGUCUGAUACAGGAAACUUUCCAAAAUUCUUUGUGCCUUGAUAUUGUUUAUGACUUGAACAGUCGUUGAAACGUGACUACACGAUAUGGGGUCAGUUUUCCUGCUUAUUGCAAACUUAUUUGCAUUAUAAAGCAACACUAGUUCGAUAGUCAUUCAAAAUCAAGCAAUUCAUUUCCGAGUCAUUCAGUAAUUGAUCGACGAAAUAGAAAUAAUUAUAGGUUGCUAAUUUCAUAUAAAGACUUCCUAUACUGUAUAAAGCAUAGUCCAGAUUUUAAGACCUUUGUUAUACCGCGAAAUCAUCCUUGUCCUUGUAAAAACAAAAAAGGUUUUACAAAUCUGUGAAACAAGGAAGCAAAAUCUUUCGCACGAUAAAAGCCCUGACAGAGUUGACCUACACGGGGAUGAGAGUUGGCGGAGAGGACAUUUCAAGCAGUCUAGAUUGAAAGUUUGGCGACUGUCCCAACUAUGUCUUAACUUAAAAAGAACACAUGAAAGUAUUGGGAAGGCAUUAAGAAUAGCUAACCAAAGUCGCGUGACUGCUCCACAUGCACUCUCAUAAUCAUCCUCUUAGUCUUGGCUACAAUAAUUUAUCAAUAUAUACAUUUUCUCCUUUUUAUGUUUGCAUGAUUCGAAUGCUUCCCAAUAGGGUUUUCCCCAAGGCAAAUAUACCAUCUGGGUAUAUUAUGACUACCAUCCAUAAAUGUUUACAUUUUUCCCAUUUUCUGCGACCUUAUAUACUUGCAUGGAAUAUGUUGUAAGAAGUUUCCAAUCCUUCACAUAACACCAGUUAGGAUUUGAAACUCGUAAUAAAACACGACUUCUGUCUUCUUGGGGGGAAAUGAGCAUGUUUUAUGAUUUCCCAGAGACAGUCUUGACCUAAGUGAUGCAUAAUAGUUGAUCAUAUGGAUGUGUAUUUUGACUACCACUGUCAUCAUUCAAUCAUGUUUACAUUUUUUCUCGGUGACUAUAUGUCCCAUGACGUAUCUCUCUCUGACCUUGGUCCUGGACAGGUGGUCAGUCGAGUAUGUUUCUAUUAAAACAGUGAACUGUUUUGUAUACGUAUAUUUUGUCUAACUUAAGUAUCAAUAUACUUGCACGUAAGAGAUUGCAUAAUAAGGCACUGCAGGCUUACCACAGUAUUUUUAAAAACUUUUCCAAUGUUGAUAGGGUUCCGGUUAAGGUGCUGUUAAAAUUAUUCUCAACUCUUGUUUCCCCUAUUCUGUUAUAUUGUUGUGAGAUAUGGGGAGUAUAUUUCUUAGGCAGAUUGACAACGACCGAUAUGUUCAAGAACAAAAUUUUCAACGUGAUUUCAGAUAUUGAUAAGCUACAUUUAAAAUUUUGUAAACGUAUUUUAGGGGUCCACCCCAAAUCUACCAAUCUAGCAGUGCUAGCUGAACUAGGCAGAUUACCAAUGUCUGUACAAAUUUCAACUCUAGUUAUCAAAUACUGGUUAAGAAUAAAUAGUCCAAAUUACAAAAAGCAAUUAGUAGGUAAGGCAGUACAGGUGUGCAUUCAAUCAAGGUAUCAGGGUGUGAAAUUCUCUGAUUUCUUACUACAUAUGUGUGAUUUCGAACCUUUGAGCAGUUAUGAAAUUCAGUCUAAAAGUGAUAUUAGUAAUUUAGCUAAAGCUAUUAAGAAUGAAUUAUGUAAUAGAUAUAAUACCAUAUGGAAAGAUCAGAUUCAACAGUGCAACAAAUUACGAAUCUUAAGCCUUGUAAAACCAAAUUGGCAUGUUGAAAGUUAUUUGUCUUCGGUCAGAAAUGUAAAACACCGCCAAGCGGUUACAAGGUUUAGGAUAUCUGCACAUAGAUUUCCAGUUGAAGUCGGUCGAUAUGCUAAUAUUGACCAUAAGUUACGCCUAUGUCCAAUUUGUGAUUCAAAUGAUAUAGGUGACGAAUAUCAUUAUUUUUUAAAUUGUAAAAAUUACAAGUUAGAAAAUCUCAAAGAAAAUUUCCUGAAAGAGAUACUGGAAAUUAAUAGUUGUUUUAGUUCACUAGGUAAAAACGACCUGUUUCUUUAUUGUAUAUCCAUGAAUGACAAGAGUUUAACAAAUUGUACAGCCAGAUACAUUUACGAGUUAACCAAGAUUUUCUCUGACUGUAGUGUUUGUAAUUAAGUAUUAGCUAUAGUUUUAUUGUUUGUAUAUGUAUCUGUUAUAUUGUAGUAUAUCCUAUGAACCAGUAAUGGUGUAAUGGAAUAAAUAUAUUAUUAUUGUAUAUCAGAUAUAUUAAUAUAGUUUCAUGUUUCCCUAAAGACAGCCUUGAGACAAAUGAUACAAUGAGCAUCAGACGAUCAGAGUUGCGAUGGAGACCAUCAUCUUCAAAAUGUUUAUAUUUUCCCAUAUCUCGUAUGUCAACAAGAUAAGACAAUUGGCUAAAUCAAAUCACGAGAUAUCGAGAUAUAAACUGAAAUAGAACAAUUAUUAACCACGAUUUAACAAGCCACAUCCUUCCGACCUUCCUAAUAAUUAUAUUACAGUAGGUUUCUAGAUUUUUGUCAACGAUUGAACGUUCUAUUGACCCGCACAUGUUUACGUUAUAAGAACCCAACACUGACCACAGCACAGAGCAAUUGUCACAGCCUGUCACAGUUAAGCUGAAUCGGAUAACUCAAACCCCACCAGGUUCAAUAUUUGCGGAGAAAGUUUUGGUUAUGGUUCAAUGGUGUAAAGAAAACAAAUGGUCAUUAUUCACUUAAAAAUGAGUAAAAAUUAGGUACAUUCGCGUACACGUUUAAAUGUACCAAUUAUCCGUUAAAUUAUGAUUAGGAAUCCACAGUAUUACAGCAUAUCCAUUACAUCCAGUUCUUUACAAAAGCUUCAAAGGCAGCAACAGGGAAAUGUUCGCGCUAAAAAGUGAAUAGAAAUUGGGGUUUUCCUAAAAAAACAAAAAAAACACUUGCAAAAUUUGACCGGAAAGUAUGUGACUUAUGUAAUGCAGAGAAAACUGUGCAAUUGUGAAAAACUUGAAAAUGUUUUGGAAUUGAAAUUCAAUUACUCCAUCUUCAAAAGCAUCUGUCAACAAAGAAGUAAAAACAAGAGAACCUUUCUGGGUCACUAGAGUUUCUGGUGAGAUUCCAAAUCGUGGUUGAAAGACGAAUAAGACUGGCACUGACAUAAGAGAACAUUGGCAGCACUAAAUAAACCGGGCACUGGUUACAGUCAAACAAUUGCGAGGAUUGAUUGUCAAACAAUUGCGAGAUUGAUUGUCAACUCUCUUGCCCUCUUUGACGCACCCUCAAUAAUCUAAUAACUACACCUACAAUCAUGCCAUUCUGGCUGAUACGAGGCUAAAUACUGUAGCUUCUGAGACAAAAGUUAACGUUUUCGUGAAUCGUUUUUAGAUUUUAAUCACUGACGUAUUCAACUAUUCUAAAUCCUCUAAUGCAAUUUUACGUAAAUUCAUAAGAAACCUUGCUAUAUGGGACAACAGGACGUUCGUAAGAUCAAGAAGAUUAGAUCAAUUAAAAUACUAGUAUAAAAGAGAAUGCUAUAAUUCAUCCGGUCCAUUCAAUGGCACGCCGAUUUUGUUUUUCGAAUUUAUUCCGUUGAAAAGUGCUGUUUCCGCUUUGUAAGACAAUUUGCCUCUGUGCGUUUUUGGCAUCAAUUUAAUUAGGUUAUGUAUAAAGACGCAUUAAACGUAAAUGAUACGGUUGCCGGCUUUUGGGAUGGGCCUCGCGCACUAAGCUGGGUUGUGACCUAUAAAGUGGGAACAUAUGUUGAACAGCAUGGAUUUUUGGCAUUUGGUACUAUUUACUUGAAAAACAAUUGAUGACAAAAAUAGCUGUCCCAAUUCUGAGAAAAAUAUGAUUUUAUUAUGUGCAUUUUACAUAGGAUAACGCCCAACUAUUUUAUUUCACUCUUUCUAAAGUUGAAAGAAUUAAAGAUGAAUACAUGAUUAGAAAUAUUAUAUCCUCAGUAUUCAGCGUUUAGACGUAUUUACCUAAAUCUCAUUUUUGCUCUGCAGUGUUCAAGUUUAAAGCGAUGCAAAUGGUGGAAGACAACAAUGCUGGUCGUACAAAACGUAUGGUGCCUGGCGGAAACAGGCAACCCAAGAAACAAAUGGUUGAAGUUCAACGUAUUUACAAGGGAGAGAAAAUGAUGAUGCCAAUGAUGAAAUUACAAAGAGAUACAGACACUCCUGUCGAUUCGUUUUCUGCAGCCACAAAAAUUGAAGCGGGAAUUCAACUUGGUAAGUCAUAUACCAUGUCCGUUAACAUCUAUAUACACUCGUUGGUAAUUGGGCAUGAAUAGUUGUAGAUACUUAGCUUAUUUAAACUCAUCUUAAUUACAAAUGCUCACCUUUAAGUAACAAACGACGAGGCAACAUGCUCUCUUUUUAACAUGCAUUGAAAUCAAUUUCAAAGCAUAUUGUCUAUUUUCAUCUCUGACUAUUAAUCUUUUACGACAGUAAAAACAGAUAAAACAGUGUCGACCAACCCAUAUAAAACACGUUUAAUGUUAUCUAAAUUCUCAUAUUGAUAAUGUUGCAUGUUUAUCUUAACUAUAUACUAAUCAAUUUUAUAGGAAUGUACCAAAAGGAAUUCAAAAAGAAUGAGAAGUGUGUUUUCUUUGGCAAAAUGUUCCGUUACCGCAACGACACAAUGAUGCCUGCAAGUUCUCAGAAAAUGAUGGCAAAUCUUGGAAAUACAAUGGUCGAAUCAAGUAUCACGAAAAUCAUGAGAAGAGGUGAGUGUAUAGUGCCAGUACAAUAAUAUUGAUCAUUAUGACAUUAGAUAUAGUAUUGGGAUAGUGAUAUUUAAAAGAAUUGUUACAAAUCUGCAAACAAGUUGUAAUAAGGUUGUUGUCAAGCCGAUAUCAGGAAGUAUUCGCGCUGCUUGUUCCCAGUUGUUACAAACUUGACAACAGCAACAGAUUUGCUACAACACAUUAAACAUAUAGCUGUUUGGACCAAGUUGCUACGAGCUUGUUGACAAUACAUACAUACAUGCAUACAGACAAUGUCAAUGUAUAGACUUGUUGUCUUGUUGGAACAACUUGUUACGAGUCUGUUGGCCUUAUCAACCUUGUUACAACUUGUUUCAGACUUGUGAACAACUGGGAACAAUCUGGUUGACAAUCUGCGAGCUUUUUACGCGUGUAUACUGCUCAUGAUUUAGCAGUGAUAAAAUACAGUACAAAAACAAUACAGUAAGCCAGUAGGAGAAUACUAAUUUUUUAAUAUUUUCUUUUCUCUACAGGCUUACGCAGGAAAUACGCCAAAGGUUGCAAACAAGGGUGUAAAGUGAGAACAGUUUACUGGAACACAACUACUAAAAGCAAGGAAUUCUGCGACUGGAACGUGAAUCAAUUCCGCCCUCCACAGAUAGAUUGCCGCAAAACCACGCAGUUCUGUUACCGAGGCAAAGAUGGCUACUGCCAGUGGAAAGCAACGAAGGAUUACAAAAAAUGCUUGAAGAGAAAUAAAUUGCCUUGAACAUUAUCUGUGACUGCGUCGGAAUUGUCAAAAAAACGUAGCAAAACUCACCUGGCUUGGGGGACGGUGCAUGCGCCUUAAACCGGUUAAAAACCUUUAAAUUUAACUAUAGACAUGAAGGGGAAAUAUUUGUAAAGAAAAAUAUUAAACAUUACAUAUACGUUUAGUUUUAAAUCUUGAGCUUGAUAGGAAGCGAGGAAUGAACAUUUUGAACAAGACUGUCAAGAGACUAAACAUAUAUAGUAAUGCCCAUGACGUGUAAUAUUUAUUUGGCGUAUAUAUAUAUAUAUAUCCAAUGUUUCCUUAAAACAUUUAACAAUUAUUCGCCGAAGGCGAGGUGAUUAUCGGGGAAUAUUCGCCGAGACGAAGUCGAGGUGAAUAUUCCCCGAUAAUCACCGAGCCUGAGGCGAAUAAUUGUUUUAGUAUUUUUGUGUUUUUUUUGGGACUGAAUUUAUUAAUUUCGCUUAUUUCUUUAUCAGCAUAAUAGGCCGUCGUCUGGGGUCCCAAAAUGUUUAGUUUCGUUGCACACCUCUUUAAACUAAAAAAAUACAUAUUCUUAUAAAUUAAAUGACGCUGAAUCCAAAUCUAAAAAGUUCUUGCGGGUUCACCCUGCAGUUUUUUUGUAAAUGGCGAUCAAAAUCUUAAAAUUUACCAGUUUCGCAAUAGCAUUUUUACUAUAUGCCAUACCUCAAGAUGUGAACUCUUGGAACCAGUCGCUCGCGGGCCAUAGUGAAAUUAUACAGGAUAGGUCACUUCCGCCUACUUUUGAGAUAUGUGAAUUCAGAUUUGAUGUAAACAAUGAGAUUUUCAAGGUUCAUAUUAUUACCUGCAUUUUGAAAAUUUCGAUUUUGUUAUAUUCACCAAUCAACUUGUAGGGUUUGUUAUGUUCACUUGUGCAAAAAUACUAAAAUUAUAUUUCCAUUGUGGUCAGCGGUUAGCCUGCGAAUAAAGAAUCUAUUUAUAUCGCUUAUUCCACUGGAGGUAAACGUUUACCUCCAGUGGAAUAAACGACAUAAAUAGAUUCUGUAUUCGCAGGCUAGGCCCGCCGAAUACAGAAUUAUAUCGUCUAUCGAUAUAAAUAGAUCCUGUCUUCGCAGGCUCGGCCAGGGUGUACCACUACCAGACAUAUUCAAUGUUGUUAUGUGUGUACAAAACACAAACACUUUCUAAUUUGUAAAUAAUAGAAAUAGCGUAUAUUUGUAAUUGUAUAGUCAAAAUUGUUCAAAUAUGUGUGCGCAAAAUAUAUUGUAUGUUCCAAAGGCAAAUAGCAAAGCCAAAGGUUACUUUAGUGUUCGUAUACGGUGUGAGUAGCUAAUUCUAGAUGAAACCAUACACAUAUCCAACCCUAGUUUUUAACAUUAGGGACCGGUCAUAAAGUAUUAAACUGCUAGGGUGGGCCGGAGGGAAAAAUAGGUUUUUGAAAAUAAACCCGAUGGCCCAUUGGCCCAUCCUGAGAACCUAGAAAAAAUUUCAAAGCCCAUCGUAGGUCAUUGGAAAAAUUUCACGUCCCAUCCUGAACAUGCACAGUAUAGUCAGUAUAGGCUAUAGCAGUCACUUUGAUCAAACCAUGCACUGUAGUAGUUAAGUUAUAGUAAUGUAUGAAUUCAGUGCAAACAGGCUAUAUCAGUAUAUGUGUUUCCGAGUGUGUUUCAUGGCCCUGAUUCAUUUGCGUCAAAAAACAAAUUGAUGGCCCACCCAAACUGAUGAAAAUAAUUCCAUGGCAUCCUUAUUUCCUCCGGCACAUCCUAGCAGUUACUUUAUGACCGGUCCCUUACUUAUUUUGACCUCAAACUAUGUCUAUGACAAUCUAAUCUAUGUGUUCCUUACACGAAGUGGUAUUGAGUAAGUGUAUGUGGGACUUUUUCUGAUAUAGGCCUUACUGCCCUCCUGCUAAAAAAAUCCUGCAUACGGCGCUGUUUACAAUUGUAAAAGGUGAGGGGGAAGCGAGGGCAGGCGAAUGUUAUUGUAAUUGGGUCAAACGGCUGUAUAUACAUAUUAAUUGAUUAAUAAUUUUAGAAGGUCGAACAGUAAUGGCACUGUCACUGAGGUCGACCCAGUGGUAGCGGAAUUAGAUUACAUAUGGCUAUAUUAAACUAAACUGGCGUAUUUUGUGAAUACUUAGCCUUCUUUAAAUAAAGCUUUUUAUUAUUAUCUAAGGUUUCAAAAGUUCUUGAAAGAUAAAGUAAGAGUUGUGCAGCCACUGCUCCUGAGUCCUGGCUGUGUAUGUGACCCCUUACCUGGCUUUAUCCAUGAACUUUGAAGAAAUUUCAUAACGUAGGGUGCAUAAAGUUGAAGAAAUUUCAUAACGUAGGGUGCAUGGGAAUUUACUGCCCGACGAUUGAGGUAUUUAGAUAGUAGAGGAUAUAACUAGAAAUCAAGAAGUAAAGAUACAACUCAACCUUCAGGCUUG